AUGGAGCCUUCGGGCGAGGAGCCAAACGAUGAUGCAAAGGCGUCUAACAGUGUGGAGUCUGCUGAAAACUAUGAGACCUUGAAAUAUCAACUGCUGGGACCGUCUUUGACCAAAGCGGGCCAGGAUGCCGUGGACCAGCGAAAGGUAUCGGAAAUCAUUUACAAUGCCUCCAAAGGCUCCAAGUUUUUCAAUCAUGAGCAAAAUCGGGACAAGGUCUUGACGGUCAAAAUUGAACGCAUUCUUAACGAGAAGGCCCGCCUCGAGAAACUAGAUCUGUCGGCGGAUCUACGACGCGCUGACCAGCUUCUUGCUGAGCUAGAACUGACGCGAGAUCUGUCGCAACAUGUUGUCCACGUCGACUGCGAUGCUUUCUUCGCCGCCGUGGAAGAACUUGAUCGUCCGGAACUGAAGACCGUACCUAUGGCGGUCGGCAAGGGAGUGCUGACGACCUGCAACUAUGAGGCGCGAAAGUUCGGCUGUCGGAGCGGCAUGGCAUCGUUCGUCGCGAAGAAGCUAUGUCCUCAGCUGAUCUGCCUGCCACAGAACUACGAGAAGUAUACGGAAAAGGCAAAAGAAAUUCGCGCCAUUUUCGCCCAAUAUGAUCCCACGUUCGAAAGCGCUAGUAUCGACGAGGCGUAUCUCAAUCUGACUGCGUAUUGUACUGAAAAUGAGCUUGACCCCGAGGAGGCGGUCCAGCGGAUGCGAGCAGAGGUCCUGGAGAAAACCAAGAUCUCAGUCUCUGCCGGCAUUGCGGCAAAUGCAAAAAUAGCCAAGAUUGCAUCCAACAAAAACAAGCCGAACGGUCAAUUUUGCGUUCCUAAUGAAAGGGAAGCGAUCAUGAGGUUCAUGGAGGAGCUGCCGGUCCGCAAGGUGAACGGCGUUGGCCGCGUCUUCGAACGUGAGCUUGAUGCGAUCGGCAUUAGAACGUGCGGCGACAUUUAUCCGCAGCGUGCCAUAUUGACUAGACUUUUUGGAGAAAAAGCGUUCCAUUUCUUGAUGCAGUGCUAUCUCGGCUUGGGUAGAACCAAGAUUCAGCCGGUGGAGAACUACGAGCGGAAGAGCGUGGGAACGGAGAGGACGUUCCAUGAGAUCGGAAAUAAAGAGGAGUUCAGAGCGAAGUUAUGGUCGAUAGCAGAGGAGCUUGAGAAAGAUCUGGCACGGACCGAGUUCAAAGGUCGCACACUGGUUCUUAAAGUCAAGCUCGCCACCUUUGAGGUUCUAUCACGACAAUGCCAGCCUCCACGGGCGGUGUCGACUGCCAAGGACUUGUACGCGUUUUCUCUUCCGAUGCUGGAGAAACUUGAGAAAGAGAUGCCUGAUCUGAAGAUGCGACUCCUUGGUCUCCGCUGCACCAAUCUGGUGAGCACGAAGAAGGUCGGCAUAGAGCUCUUCGGCUUCACUGCGCGGCCAAAGCCCGCUUCGGAGAUAGCCGACCCACCGGUUGAACGGGAGAUCGAGACAGAGGAGGCAUUUGAGAAAGCGGCACGGGAAGAAUUACAAGAGGAGCUCGAUGAUUUGGAGAAGCUGAGCCAGGAGGUAUCUGAGUCUAUAGAAAAGCAGGAUGAAGCGGCUGCAUCACCGUCGCAGCCUGUCUAUUGGGAUUGUCCGAUCUGUUCCCGACCUCAGGUGGCAGAAGAUCGUGCGUUCAAUGACCAUGUGGACUACUGUUUGUCAAGACAGACGAUUAAGGAGGCUGUUCAGGGUGCUUCUGAUGCUGUUCCGGCUGAGGCUCCGGCUGCAUCGAAGACACGGAAGCGGAGAACCACGGAAUCGCCCGAUCCGCGACAGAAACGGUUGUUCUUUUCGUGA